AUGCCCGUGCUCCCUGCCCUGCAAGAUACAACAUUCGAUGCCGAUAUUCGUGACCGGCACCUGAUAUACGACUAUGCCGCACAAGACGCCCAGGGCAAGCCCGAAAAAUGGCGCUAUGAGAUGUGGUUCUAUAACGAGGACCGGAUCGUCUAUGCCAUCCAUGGUGGUCCCAUGGCCGGCCGGAAGAACUUCCAAACGGCAACAUACCAAUGCAUUCGACCUGGCGAGCUCUGGCAAUGCAAUUGGCUCGAGGAGACUGGCACAAUAUGCUCGUUGGUGUAUGAUAUCCCGCGGAAGCGCAUCACCACCCUGCUCGGUUUCUCCAAAGGUCAUUGGGAGGAAAGCGAGGCGGCGCACGGCGAUAAACGGAACCCUAAGGAUCUGGCAAGAUGGAGGGAGCUGGCUAAGAUUGGCAGUCAAACGGACCGAAAGCUGCUGAGCGAACAAGCAGAUAUUCUGGAGGACUUUCGAGGACCGGGUGAUUUGGAGCCUAUUGACUUGAGCUGGCCAACACUAUAG